CAAUUUAUUCGAUAGGUUUAAUUUGUUGUCAAUCCUUUACUUUUUUUCCUAUUCAUUCAGCAGCCUUGACAACGAUUUUUAUUUGUUUGUUUGCUUCAAUUAAAUCAAAUCAGUGUUUUUUUUUUGUUGUUGUUUUUGUUGCUAAAUUAUCAUUCAGAUCAGAAAUAAACAAUAAAUUUUCAUUGAUUAUUCGGGUGUUUCCGUGUUUGAUAUUUUGUUUUGUUUUUUUUUUGCUAUUUUUCGAAGUUCAAUACACACUGUCACUAUUUUGUUCCUUGACGAAAAAAAAAAUGGGAAGCUGGUGUUGUUGUUUUUCAAAAUCGGAUACCGAUAAUGAUGAAACACAAGGUAUUUUGGAUCAUCCAAUCGGUAUCAAUGAUGGUGAUUCACAUUAUGGUUCAACAAUGGUCAACAAUAAUUAUAAUGUUAAUCAAUCAUAUCCAAAUCAAAAUAUUCCUAAUCAAAUGAAUGGUUCGAAUAUUAAACAACAACAAUUACAACAAACAACAAAUCAACAAAAUCAAUUAUAUCAAAAUGUUUUAGAUCGUCUUACAUCACGUGUAAUUGAUAUAGCGGCUAUUGAAAAAAGCUGUGAACAAGCUGAUCUUACUGAUCGUGAACAAACAUAUCGUGAUAAAUUAAUGUCCAUACGUCGUCAUGUUACGUUGCCUUCAAAUUCUGCAGCAACUAUUCAAGGUAACCGAUAUUUUUUUUCGGCCGAUUAUCCACAUAAAAAUAAAGAUCCAAUGCCAAUGGAUGAUUAUAAAUUCAUUACCGAAUUAGCAUUGAAUUUGAAUGCAGCCAUUCAGGAUGGUUUCAAAAUUCAUUGUGACGAACCUUUUGUUGUAAAUUUUGAUGCCUGA